UAACAAAUUCUUUUAUUUCGUUUUAAGGUGUAUGUUUGAUAUUACCACCAUGAGAAUCACGAAGACUGGAGCACCCUUUGUUACCAAUUAUGCCGGGAAACACGCCGUCCUCCUAAUCAUCACGUUACUUCUAUUCAAGUGUACCACUGUGGUUUCCGGAGGCGGCGCUCACGUUGGAAGUGGAGGCCAUGCUCAUUUAGGAGGCGCUCUCAGUGUAGGAGGAGGCCAUGCUAGUGUGGGAGGUGGUCAUGUUAGUGCAGGAGGAGGAGGCCAUGUUAGUGCAGGAGGAGGAGGCCAUGCUAGUGUAGGAGGUGGUCAUGCUAUUGAAGGAGGAGGAGGCCAUGCUAGUGUAGGGGGUGGUCAUGCUACUGAAGAGGGAGGCCAUGCUGUUGGAGGCGGUGGCGGUCAUGGAGAAGAAGAAGGUGGACAUGGGAUCGGAAGAGGCGUCGGUAUGGUUCAUCGACCAGCGAAGAGGAACGGAGGCUCUGCACUAGUGACUCCCUUUGCCGAUAGAUUUGCAACUGCUUUCUUGAUCAUCGUUUUUUUUCUUUAACUAGAUUCGAGCUCAAUUAUAUUUUCUUUGGUAUAUUGAAAUUUCAGGAUUUGAUUUUGGGUCAAAGAGUUUGGUGGGUUAAGUUUGUUUUUUUACUGUUUAGUCAUUCAGUUUCAACUUUCAAGAAAAAUAUGUUUUGAGUCUUUGUGUUGUUUAGCCACACAGAUGCACACUUUGGUAAA